AUGGAAAAACUGCUGGUCUGUCUGUUGGUUAUUGGAAUGGCAGUGAAGGCCCAGAUCUGUCCGAAGCGCUGUGUCUGUCAAAUACUAUCUCCCAACCUCGCAACCCUCUGUGCCAAAAAAGGGCUCCUCUUUACCCCCCCGAACAUUGACAGGCACACCGUGGAGCUGCGGCUGGCCGACAACUUCGUCACCAGCAUCAAAAGGAAAGACUUUGCCAACAUGACCAGGCUGCAGGACCUCACCCUGUCCAGGAAUACCAUUAGCUUCAUCACGCCGCACGCGUUCGCUGACCUGGAGAACCUCCGCGCCUUGCACCUGAAUAGCAACCGUCUGACCCGGAUAGCCAAUGACACCUUCAGCGGCAUGUCCAAACUGCACCACCUGAUCCUUAACAACAACCAGCUGACGUUGAUCCACCUGGGGGCCUUCAAUGACCUGCUGGCCCUGGAGGAGCUGGAUCUGUCCUACAACAACCUGGAGUCCAUCCCCUGGGAGGCUAUCCAAAGGAUGACCAGCCUUGCCACCCUCAGCCUGGACCACAACAUGAUCGACUACAUUCCUGAGGGGACCUUCUCUCUUCUCCAAAAGCUCAACCGCUUGGACGUAACCUCUAAUAAGUUACAGAAGCUCCCUCCUGAUCCUCUGUUCCAGCGGGCCCAGAUUUUGGCCACGUCUGGGAUCAUGAACCCUCCCUCGUUCGCGCUGAGCUUUGGUGGAAACCCACUGCACUGCAACUGUGAGCUGCUGUGGUUGAGGCGCCUGAGCCGAGAGGAUGAUCUGGAGACGUGCGCCUCACCACAGCAUCUCUCCGGACGCUACUUCUGGUCUAUCCCUGAGGAGGAGUUCCUGUGUGAACCUCCUCUCAUCACCCGGCACUCCCAUGAGAUGCGGGUGCUGGAAGGGCAGAGGGUGGUCCUGAGGUGCAAGGCCAGGGGGGACCCUGAGCCUGCCAUACACUGGAUCUCACCAGAGGGGAAGCUGGUGGCGAACUCCUCCCGGACGCUUGUGUACACCAACGGCACCCUGGACAUUCUGAUCAGCACAGUGAAGGACACGGGAUCCUUCACCUGUAUCUCGUCCAACCCAGCGGGUGAGGCACAUCAGACUGUGGAGCUGCUGAUUAUCAAACUCCCACACAUCUCCAACAGCACCAACAACAUCCAGGAGCCUGACCCUGGCUCCUCUGACAUCUCCACGUCCACCAGGGCUGGGGCCAACGGCAGCAACCACACUGGGGACACCAAAACUAGCACAGAUAAACAGGUGGUCAUCGCUGAGGCCACGUCCUCCACUGCGCUCAUCAAGUUCAACUUCCAGAGGAAUAUACCUGGGAUCCGCAUGUUCCAGAUUCAGUACAAUGGCAGUUAUGAUGACUCUCUCGUUUACAGGUAGGUUCUGUUCAAUCCCCUCUUGGUGAUUUUAUUGACCGGAUUUCUGUAUGAAAUUCGUGGUGAAAUUAGUAAUUACAUUUACAUUUACAUUUUAGUCAUUUAGCAGACGCUCUUAUCCAGAGCGACUUACAGGAGCAAUUAGGGUUAAGUGCCUUGCUUAAGGGCACAUUUACGUCAUUUAGCAGACGCUCUUAUCCAGAGCGACUACAAAUUGGUGCAUUCACCCUAUAGCCAGUGGGAUAACCACUUUACAAUUAUUAUUAUUAUUAUUAUUAUUAUUAUUAUUAUUUAAUUUUUUUUGGGAGGGGUAGAAGGAUUACUUUAUCCUAUCCCAGGUGUUCCUUAAAGAGGUGGGGUUUCAAAUGUCUCCGGAAGGUGGUGAGUGACUCCGCUGUUCUGGCGUCGUGAGGGAGCUUGUUCCACCAUUGGGGUGCCAGAGCAGCGAACAGUUUUGACUGGGCUGAGCGGGAACUAUGCUUCCGCAGAGGAAGGGGAGCCAGCAGGCCAGAGGUGGAUGAACGCAAUGCCCUCGUUUGGGUGUAGGGACUGAUCAGAGCCUGAAGGUACGGAGGUGCCGUUCCCCUCACUGCUCCAUAGGCAAGCACCAUGGUCUUGUAACGGAUGCGAGCUUCAACUGGAAGCCAGUGGAGUGUGCGGAGGAGGGGGGUGACGUGAGAGAACUUGGGAAGGUUGAACACCAGACGGGCUGCGGCAUUCUGGAUGAGUUGUAGGGGUUUAAUGGCACAGGCAGGGAGCCCAGCCAACAGCGAGUUGCAGUAAUCCAGACGGGAGAUGACAAGUGCCUGGAUUAGGACCUGUGCCGCUUCCUGUGUAAGGCAGGGUCGUACUCUCCGAAUGUUGUAGAGCAUGAACCUGCAGGAUCGGGUCACCGCCUUGAUGUUAGCGGAGAACAACAGGGUGUUGUCCAGGGUCAAGCCAAGGCUCUUCGCACUCUGGGAGGAGGACACAACGGAGUUGUCAACCGUGAUGGCGAGAUCAUGGAACGGGCAGUCCUUCCCCGGGAGGAAGAGCAGCUCCGUCUUGCCAGGGUUCAGCUUGAGGUGGUGAUCCGUCAUCCAUACUGAUAUGUCGGCCAGACAUGCAGAGAUGCGAUUCGCCACCUGGUUAUCAGAAGGGGGAAAGGAGAAGAUUAGUUGUGUAUCGUCAGCGUAGCAAUGAUAGGAGAGGCCAUGUGAGGAUAUGACAGAGCCAAGUGACUUGGUGUAUAGGGAGAAAAGGAGAGGGCCUAGAACUGAGCCCUGGGGGACACCAGUGGUGAGAGCACGUGGUGCGGAGACAGCUUCUCGCCACGCCACUUGGUAGGAGCGACCGGUCAGGUAGGACGCAAUCCAGGAGUGAGCCGCGCCGGAGAUGCCCAGCUCGGAGAGGGUGGAGAGGAGGAUCUGAUGGUUCACAGUAUCAAAGGCAGCAGACAGGUCUAGAAGGACAAGAGCAGAGGAGAGAGAGUUAGCUUUAGCAGUGCGGAGAGCCUCCGUUACACAGAGAAGAGCAGUCUCAGUUGAAUGACCAGUCCUGAAACCUGACUGGUUUGGAUCAAGAAGGUCAUUCUGAGAGAGAUAGCAAGAGAGUUGGCUAAAGACGGCACGCUCAAUAGUUUUGGAAAGAAAAGAAAGAAGGGAUACUGGUCUGUAGUUGUUGACAUCAGUGGGAUCGAGUGUUGGUUUUUUGAGAAGGGGUGCAACUCUCGCUCUCUUGAAGACGGAAGGGACAUGGCCAGCGGUCAAGGAUGAGUUGAUCAACGAGGUGAGGUAGGGGAGAAGGUCACAGGAGAUGGUCUGGAGAAGAGAGGAGGGGAUGGAGUCAAGCGGGCAGGUUGUUGGGCGGCCUGCAGUCACUAGUCGCAAUAUUUUAUCUGGAGAGAGAGGGGAGAAAGAAGUCAAAGCAUCGGGUAGGGCAGUGUGAGCAGGACCAGCAGUGUCAUUAGACUUAACAAACGAGGAUCGGAUGUCGUCAACCUUCUUUUCAAAGUGGUUGACGAAGUAAUCCACAGAGAGGGAGGGGGGGGGGGGGGGGGGGGGGGAUUCAGCAGUGAGGAGAAUGUGGCAAAGAGCUUCCUAGGGUUAGAGGCAGAUGUUUGGAAUUUAGAGUGGUAGAAAGUGGCCUUAGCAGCAGAAACAGAUGAAGAAAAUGUAGAGAGGAGGGAGUGAAAAGAUGCCAGGUCGGCAGGGAGUUUAGUUGUCUUCCAUUUCCGCUCAGCUGCCCGGAGCUCUGUUCUGUGAGCUCGCAAUGAGUCAUCAAGCCACGGAGCUGGAGGGGAGGACCGAGCCGGCCGGGAGGAUAGGGGACACAGGGAGUCAAAGGAUGCAGAAAGGGAGGAGAGGAGGGUUGAGGAGGCAGAAUCAGGAGAUUGGAGGGAGAAGGUUUGAGCAGAGGGAAGAGAUGAUAGGAUGGAAGAGGAGAGAGUAGUGGGAGAGAGAGAGCGAAGGUUGCGGCGGCGCGUUACCAUCUGUGUAGGGGCAGAGUGAGUAGUGUUGGAGGAGAGCGAGAGAGAAAAGGAUACAAAGUAGUGGUCGGAGACAUGGAGGGGAGUUGCAGUGAGAUUAGUAGAAGAGCAACAUCUAGUAAAGAUGAAGUCAAGCGUAUUGCCUGCCUUGUGAGUGGGGGGGGAUGGUGAGAGGGUGAGGUCAAAAGAGGAGAGGAGUGGAAAGAAGGAGGCAGAGAGAAAUGAGUCAAAUGUAGACGUAGGGAGGUUGAAAUCCCCCAAAACUGUGAAGGGUGAGCCAUCCUCAGGAAAGGAACUUAUCAAGGCGUCAAGCUCAUUGAUGAACUCUCCAAGGGAACCUGGAGGGCGAUAGAUGACAAGGAUAUUAAGCUUAAAUGGGCUAGUGACUGUGACAGCGUGGAAUUCAAAUGAGGAGAUAGACAGAUGGGUUAGGGGAAAAAUUGAGAAUGACCACUUGGGAGAGAUGAGGAUUCCUGUGCCACCACCCCUCUGACCAGAUGCUCUCGGGGUAUGCGAGAACACAUGGUCAGACGAGGAGAGAGCAGUAGGAGUAGCAGUGUUUUCAGUGGUAAUCCAUGUUUCCGUCAGCGCCAGGAAGUCGAGGGACUGGAGGGUAGCAUAGGCUGGGAUGAAGUCAGCCUUGUUGGCGGCAGAACGGCAGUUCCAGAGGCUGCCUGAGACCUGGAACUCCAGGUGUGUGGUGCGUGCAGGGACCACCAGGUUAGAGAGGCAGCAGCCACGCGGUGUGAGGCGUUUGUGUAGCCUGUGCGGAGAGGAGAGAACAGGGAUAGGCAGAGGCAUAGUUGACAGGCUGCAGCAGAUGGCUACAACAAUGCAGAGGAGAUCGGAAUGAAAUGAACUAAACAUCUGGGAAAGGAGAGAGCAGGCCUCCCUCACCAAAAAAAUAUAUAACUCUCCCAACUUCCACCUCAGAAACUAUAAUUGUUUCACUGAACCACCCGAAUAAAACUCUCCCAACUUCCACUUUAGAAAUUAGAAUUGUUGUAAACUACAGCAGACUGUUAUCAGUAGCUGUAAUUAAGUACAGCAGCUACCAACCACCUAACGUUAAUGCCUCGGAUAAUGAGGUUAGAAAAACAGCUGAAUGGUGGCAGCUAGCUGGCUCAAUCACAGGUACUCUUAAGCAUGAAAUAACAUUGGAAACAACUAACCACAGUUGCUAAAAGUUAGCUAGCUAGCUUUGUUGGUCCAAGUAGUGGGUAAGCUAGCCUCGUGCUUCGCCGGGGUCCGCCGAAUACAAUACUUACCUACAAUAAUUACCUACAAUAACCUACAAUAACUACCUGAGUAAGCUACCUAUAAUACCAAACUACAAUACCUACCUACAAUCUAAAUACAUGGUUUAAGCUUUACUCAACACCAUAUAAGAAGCCAAGCUUACCUUUCAUAACGCAGCAAUGAUUAAACGUUGGGUAGCUAGCACAAAGAUAUUGUAUUUAGCUACUACAGUACAGCCAGCUGGUAGUGUUGGCUAUCUAGCAAUGGCUGCUGUGUUGACUUUGUUUGAAAAACGGUGUCGCUGCGAACGAAUGUAGCUGGCUAAAAGGAUAUUGUUAUUAGUUGCUACCGUUGCUAAUAGCUACUCGCCAGCUAAUCCAGGAGGUGAGUUAGUUAGCUAGCUUCGUGCUACACCCGGCACCGCCGAAUACAAAAGUAACCUACAAUAACUACACAACAACUACCCACAACAGCCCACGAUGCCUACCUAUACUACUUCAUAAUAUGCAGCCCACGAUGCCUACCUAUAAUACCUAACUACAAUCUAAAUACAUAGUUUAAGCCUUACUCGACAAAGCCCAAGCUAUGUAUAAAGCCAAACUGGCAGACUGCAAUCAGUAGCCGUAAUUAAGUACAGCAGCUACCAACCACCUAACGUUAAUGAUAAUGAGGUUAGAAAAACAGCUGAAUGGUGGCGGCUAGCUGGCUCAAUCACAGGUACUCUUAAGCAUGAAAUAACAUUGGAAACAACUAACCACAGUUGCUAAAAGUUACCAGUAGCUACCCGCUAGCUAGCUAGCUAGCUUUGUUGGUCCAAGUAGUGGGUAAGCUAGCCUCGUGCUUCGCGGGGGUCCGCCGAAUACAGUCCUUACCUACAAUAACUACCUACAAUAACCUACAAUAACUACCUGAGUAAACUACCUAUAAUACCUAACUACAAUACCUACCUACAAUCUAAAUACAUGGUUUAAGCUUUACUCAACACCAUAUAAGAAGCCAAGCUUACCUCCUGCUAGAGAAAACACAACCUCUCCCGUUCUCCCGUUGUUGCUCCAACACAACUGGGAACCGGUUAAACACACACAAAAUACUAAGAUUACAUUAGAAAACAGAAAACUAACCAUUGGAUCAUCUGACCCACAUUGGAUGUGGUGUUCUCUGAAAUGAUAAUCACUCAAUCAACUAACUUCCUCAAAAUAUAUUGGAGAUCACUCUAGCUACUACUAGAGGCCCUCUUUACCAGCGAUGACUGACUACCCUAAAGCGCCAGGAAUAGCGAGUCAGAAAUGACAUUUCUAAAUGAUCAUAUCAUUGCAAUGACUGUUUGUCUUACACAUAACAGAAUAAAGAUUCGCUGAUUCGAAAAUUAGUCAAGUCUACAAAUAGAUAAUGGAUCAUCAUGCUAACUAACCUGACUUUAGCUAGCUGGCUACCUUGGAUGGUUUCUAAACCUGACAGUCACCUCGCCGGUAAAGAAUGAUUACAAUAUAAAAUAGCAAUGUAAAAUAAGACUAAUAUAAGACUUAACUAUAAUAUCAUGCCUGCAAUUGUACUAGGUUAGUUAGCUAAGAGAGGCUAAUUGAAUGUCUCUUAUGCCUAGCUAAAUUGAAUGAGAGCUAGCUAGCUAACUAACGUUAGCUGCCUAGCUAUCUAGUUGGCUAAAGCCAAGUUAGAGGUGUGCAACAGUAUAAAUUAUUUGACAAAAAUAACAGAAUUCUUACCAUUUAAAGUUGUAUUUGCGAUUUCAGCUGGAGAAGAAAACUUAAAAUCUUCUUCUAACUGAAGUCCACGUCAAAUGGGGUCCACGUAAUGGCCCUAAUGGAUUUAAUUUCAAUCAUCAAGUGCACUUAUAGUAUUGGUUCAGAUAUGUUUUUAUGCAUAAAAAGAUGUUUGUCUCAAUCAUAUUCACAGACCAUGCAAACCCUAAAUGAUGUUUUAUAGGCUUUCAACCACUUCUUUAUAAAAUCAAUGAUGGUGACCAUCUUUAUUAAGCAACGCAUUAAACUAAACAACCAAUAUUCAAUUGCUAAGCAAUUACGGUAGCCACGAUCUGAGAUUUAAAAGCUAUUUAGCUAGUAGCUCAUGCUAGAUUUGUGUGAUUGUAAUCUAUUACAUUUCAUGUUCGACUAUUGUACAGUGAGUGAUUGUAUUUGCACAACAGAAUUGAGUAAACAUACAAAUAUUUACAAGAAAUACAUGUGAGUGGAAUUACAAAAACAAACAAUAAUUUUUAUCUAAAAUCCCAAUGUUAUUACAUCUGUUUUAGAUCCACUGUAAUCCUUAAAAAUGAAUUAGUAAAAACCCAUGCAAAGCAAAACUCACAUCCCCACAUUGGCUCAGAGCAGGCAGGCUGUGUGACAGAGGGAUCAAAGAAAGACAGCAGUCUCUCAGUCAUGAUCUCAUAUAGAUUAAGAUGAGCUGAACUCUGCAUUGUGAAGCAACACAUAACCACCCUGUUUUCUCUGUGAUGUGAAUAGGAGAUUAUUGGAUUUCAAAGAGGUCGUCAGUAAAAUGGCCAGUUUUAGUCAGUUCCACACUAACUAAUUCAGUCUCAACAACUACAACUAACUGGAACUGCAAUGGGCACAUGCAGUACAUUGAUUAAGUCUAAAUAACAAACAAUUGGCUGGAACUCCAAUGGGCAGGAGGAAACCAUCUGCGGUUCAUUAACGAAAACAUCUGUCACUUUUUUAUGUUGAUCUAAUAGGAAAGGAUCAAUCCCUUUGCUCUCUUUGCCUGUAGAGGCACAAAUGGAAACCAAUCCUAUAUCUGAGGAAGGGAGGAACGCUGUUCUUUUGAGCAUCGGGCGUAUAAUGGCUGGCUGCAGCAUCUAUCCUCAGAGAGUAGGGAGUGAUGAACACCAUGUUUCUUUUGAAAGGGUUUCUAACAUUAGCGUAUCUUCAGAUUUUGCAUUGAACAGUAUUACUAAUUUUCCACUAAUAUAGUCUUACAAAUAUAUUUUUUAAAAGCUUCACACAACUACAAAGCCACAUUAUACCCUCUCACUAGUCCUGAGUUUGUGUUCUUGUGUUGAUAUGAAGGAUCACCAAUAGUCUCUGGGGUACAUUGACCUUUUGAAUAGCAUGUCUCCUGUCAAUAUAUCCCAGAAGCACAGACCAUUUCAGUUUUACUAUAGCUUUCUCUAUAGUUGUGUCCAGGGGCGCAACUUUCACUGGGGACGGGGGGGAUAUGUCCCAAACGGGGCAACGGUGUGCUUUAGGACAAUGCGGUCGGGUAGGCUGUUUGGAGUGUUUAUCCGACUGGAUUAAAAAAUAUAUAUAAUAAUAAUAAUAAUGUCCCCCCCACUUCUAAAACAAAAGUUGCGCCCCUGGUUGUUUCACCUGCACACAGUCAUUUUCCUUUCAAGCAUAUUUAUUACUCAAUGGGGUUGUGAUUAAAAAAUCUGGGCAAUUGUGCAGCAAGUUUUUAUGUGCACACAAAUCAGGAGAAUGAGCCUCUUUUAAAGCACUCCAACAUGGGCAAUUUUAGCCAGCAAAAAGCCCUAUGGGGAAGGUAAUACCUGGCUCAGAUGUGCUUAAGGCAUGAAAGAAACAGCUUUAUUCAAAUUAAAUGGUCCCAAUGUCUAUUUUAUUGUCCAAUAAACACACCCAGGCUAACAUAACAAUCUUGUUAAAAUUAUAUGUUGUCUGUCUCUCACAAGAUUUUAAAUGGGUUUAAACUAAAAGAAGAAAAACAUUCCAUUAGCUGUAGAUUUAGAUGACAUGGCUGGAUGGAGAUGUGCUGUGCACUUUGCCCGAUGACUGUUUGUGGAUGUCAAGGUUGUCAACCUGCAUGUGUAGUCAGCCUACGUUAAGUUAUCUUGGUUUUAGACCCUCGGCUCAGCAAAUGUUAAUAGUAAAUAAAUCAGUGGAAGUGUUGUUUACCCUUUGGGCGCUGUUGUUUUUAUCAUUUAUAUUUUAAGGGCUUAACACAGUAAUUUUCUUGACAAUGUACAGCAAAGGUAGAGAGCCACAUUAUGUGCCUGUCAUAAGCUACGUUUUCUGCAUGAAAGCAUUCAAUUAAUUGAAUUUCUUUGGCAAUGCAAUCAGUUCCAUAUGGUUUUGAGCGUCGCAAAAUCAUAAUCAACAAAGAAAGGACUAAAAAAUAGUGUAUUUACUGGUAUUCUGUAAAGGUCACAGUUUGAAAGUUCGAUAUCGCUAAGCAUUUUUAAAUGACAAUGACAAUCUCUGCCAUGUAGUGUUGUUGUAACUCCUUUUUGUAUAGUGAUGGAUGUGUAUACACUCACUACUGUAAGUCGCUCUGGACAAGAGCAUCUGCUAAAUGACUCAAAUGUAAAUGUAAAAAUUGAUAUAUAUAUAUCCCUUCACUCAAAAUUUACCAUGAUUGGCCUAAAGUCUUUCCAUCGUCAGCCAUUUCUAGACUUUAUCAAUGUGUUAACUGUUCAGAAUUUUCCGGCAGUUAUUUAAGAUCUUUAAAUUCUCCAGAUAUUUGUCAGAAGAUGGUAGAAAAAAAGAGGGAAGGAAUGGACAGCCCUGUUCAUUAAAUGAGUCCUUGCUGGUUCUUAGAGUGAACAGUCCUGGGCAGACAUUGCGAUGACAACUUUAAUAAGAGUUAAUAACACAUCUAGCCACCAAUAAAUGCUGCUUUCUUAGCCACUUUCUUCCAAAUAAAUAAACACCACAAUGGCAAAGACAACAUUAGAGGUCAAACGAUAUUCAGGAAUAUAAAUUACAUUAGCAUUCACCUAGUCAAUGUAUGCUGUCUAAUGUUAUACAGGAAUAUUGCACACACAAUGCUGUAACAUCUUGAGAUUGUUUGUGUUGUCUUUGAACAUUUUAGGUUUCAUUGCUCUCCAAAAAUAUAUUCAUUUUGAUUAGCCUUGUAGUUUUGGUAUAAUUAGAUAUGAAACUUUAUUUAUAAAAUGCAGCAACUAGCAUUGUUUUAAGUCUAUAGGAAAUUGCUUGUCAGAAGCAGAAGUACAUUUUGAACAAUUGGUAAGAAAAGAGUAUGCAUUAAUGACAUUAAUUGUCUUUAUAACACAUUUUUCCUUCUCUCCUCUCAGAAUGAUUCCCCCCACAAGCAAAAACUUCCUAGUCAACAACCUGGCUGCUGGGACGUCGUACGACCUGUGUGUUCUGGCCAUCUACGACGACGGUAUCACCUCCCUCACUGCCACCCGUGUGGUGGGCUGCGUCCAGUUCACCACCGAGUCUGAGUACCUGCGCUGUCACUUCAUGCAGUCCCAGUUCCUGGGAGGCACCAUGAUCAUCAUCAUCGGCGGCAUCAUCGUGGCCUCCGUCCUCGUCUUCAUCAUCAUCCUCAUGAUCCGCUACAAGGUCUGCAACACCAGUGACUCGGGCAAAGGCACCCUUGUCACCAAUGUCCACUCACAGACCAACGGGGCGCAGUCUCAGGGGUGCACCGUCACACCCUCUGUGUCCAAGCAGGCCAUGGGAGGGUCAGAGGGAGGGGGUGGAGGGUGUCUAAAGGCCGCUGGGCAUGCGACGGACACGCUAACGCACUCGUCCGAGACCUCUCUCCCAGACUGCUCCACUGCUACGUCCCUGGUGACCCAGAGCUGGAACACACCUGGAUCCUCAGGGUCUCUGAAGCCAAAGCGCAAGCCUGCACCAAAGCCCUACACUGCUGCUGCUGCCACCCCUGAGCCCAAGAUAGAGGCCCUCCCCAAUGCUGAGACCCACAACACCAACCGCAACAACUCCACGGCUCUGCAGCAGCCCUCCGCCCCAGUAUUCCACUCCCCCCUACCCUCCUCGCGCGUCAAGGACACCCCCAUAUUGAGACGCGCACACCCCAGACCCUCCUCCAAGUACCUGACCUUACCGGUGGAAGGGGUGAGGGCCAAACGUAGGUACUCUCUAAACGAGGACUUGUCCAAGCACCACUGCUACAUUGGGACAACACAAUUUAGGAAUAUGUGGUCUAAGCGGAGUAUGUCCAUGAACGGGAUUCUACUUCAACAGGAAGAUAUAGACAGUGGCAAAGCCACCUUUUCCAGUUCAGAGUGGAUUCUAGAAAGCACUGUGUGA